ACGAAGGUUGCGGCCAUUUUGUUUCAAUGUCACAUGUACACCCACAUGACCUAGUGUUUGUUCCCGUGACUUUGUACUGCUUCCCUGAUUCGUUUGUGGUCCUUAGUUUCGGCAAAACCACAUGGAUAUGUUAGAACAAGCCCUGGAACCUAGCGGACAAGAAAAGAGUGAUCAAGAUCUUCAAGGGAAAGACGAUGGGGAGAUUGGCUCUGGGUCUGAAGACCCCUCAGUCAUUGCCAACUCGGCUGCCUUUGGAGCUGAAAACAUUCAUUACCAAUUUCGGACUGACAGUAACGGUCAGAGCCAAGUAACGUAUCGAGUGGUUCAGGUGGACCCUGACGCUACUAACAGUUCAUCGGCAGUAAAUGUGGUCACUACGACAUCGUUCCCGCAAGGUGGACAAGCUGUCACUCAGGUCAUCCAAAGUCCAUUUAGUAAUGGGGAGAGUCCGACUUCAGACGCCCCUGCCGGUGAGACGAGAUUUACAUACUUCCCCACCUCAGCCGUCGUGACAGAUCCUAGUGUCAUCACCCAGCAAUCCGAGUCAUCACUGGCGAAUGCAACCGCUGCAGGAGGUCAGUUUUACGUGAUGAUGUCACCGCAAGAUGUCUUGCAAGGAGCUACCCAGAGAACCAUUGCUCCAAGAACUCACACAUUCACUCCUAAAAUUGAUGGAGCACGCACAGCCAGGGACGAUAGGAGAAGAGCCACGCAUAAUGAAGUGGAACGCAGAAGAAGAGAUAAGAUCAAUAACUGGAUUGUUAAACUUUCUAAGCUGGUCCCUGAUUGCGCAACUGACCAAGUCAAAUCACAGCAGAGUAAAGGAGGUAUUUUAUCCAAAACCUGCGACUACAUCGUCGAUCUGAGAAAUUCCAACGGACGCAUGGCCGAAACCGUCAAAGAGCAUGAACGCAUCUCCGUCGACAACGAGUUACUACGGCAACAGGUAGAAGAACUCAAGAAUGAGAACACUCUUCUGAAAGCACAGCUGCGGCAGCACGGGAUUGCGAUUCUCCCUGCAACCAUGGAUAACUCGUAAAACGGUGGAACAAAAUCCGAUCGGAACUUUAGUUUAACCUGGAGAACUUCCAAGAAUGCAGGUUAUUCCCAAUUUGUAGGCUUUUGGGUUGUACGGAAGACAUGUUAGGAAUUUGUUGCUCGCUUCAAAAGUCCACACAGUUUUUUUAUUUUGUAUUUAUCAAAAAAUUGUUCAUAGUCCUGUUCCAAUUCAAGUCAACCAUUUAUCACAUUACUUACAGCAAGACUUUUUACAGCAAGACUUUUUUGCUGCUUCUUCCAAACAAAAAGUAGUGCGAAUUUCUUGACUUUAAGACUUUUUUAGUCACAAAGUUAAGUAUAACAGAUCAGGACCAUUGUUACACCAGAACUACAGAUUUUUUCUGAGUUACAAAUUCAAUGCAGUUGACUCCUGUUGGAAUAUGUUUGAUUUUCAUCAUUUUUUCACAAUGCAUUUUAGGUGUUGAACAUUUUUCUCGUCAACUUUGAUGCCAAAAUUAAGCUUGUUUGAAGCAUCACUUUUGAUGCAACAAUCUCACUGGGUGUAUGCAUUCAAUUUGCACUCACUGCUUCUGGUAAAUCUAUUAUCUCGAGUUAUUUUGUGAUUUUUGUUAUUUUCAGAGAGAGCACUUUUUCGUUUUGCCUAGUUUGUGAAUGAUAAAAUUACAACAAGCAUUCCAAGUUUUUAGACAGACUUAUAGUUGCUUUGUAAUGCCGGUAUAAAAUGCAUUUUAAAAUACAGGGUGGGU